AUGCUUGACCAGUACACCUACGUCUUCGUUAUCGGCACGCUCUUUGCGAUGCUCGAUGCGUUCAACAAUGGCGCAAACGAUGUCGCAAACGCGUGGGCAACCAGUGUCUCGUCCAGAUCAAUUUCGUACAGGCAGGCUAUGAUAUUCGGUACCAUCUUCGAGAUGUUGGGGGCCAUCACCGUCGGCGCCCGGACAGCAGACACAAUCAAGAACGGAAUCAUCCCCAACGCAGCCUUCCAAGGCAACGCCGGUGUCCAGAUGCUCGCCUUCACCUGCGCCCUCGCCGCUGCCUCUUCCUGGGUCAUGUGGUGCACAAAACACUCGGCCCACGUCUCUUCCACAUACUCCCUCAUCUCGGCUGUCGCUGGUGUCGGUGUUGCGACUGUCGGUGCUUCAGAGGUUCAAUGGGGAUGGAACAAGGGCAAGGGCUUGGGUGCCAUCUUUGCUGGUCUCGGUAUGGCCCCGGCCAUCUCUGCCGGCUUUGGCGCAACAAUAUUCAUGCUCAUCAAGCUGGUCGUGCACAUGCGGAAGAACCCGGUCCCAUGGGCUGUGUGGACCUCGCCCUUCUUCUUCCUCAUCGCCGGUACCAUCUGCACGCUGUCCAUCGUCUACAAGGGCUCUCCUAACUUGGGCCUGAACAAGAAGCCCGACUGGUACGUCGCCUCGGUCACCAUGGGCACUGGUGGCGGAGUUGCCCUCCUGGCGGCCCUCUUCUUCGUCCCGUACGUACACGCCAAGAUCAUCAAGAAAGACGCCUCCGUCAAGUGGUGGCACUUCGUCCAAGGGCCUCUGCUCUUCCGCCGCCCUGCCGUCGCUGAAGCAGAGCAAGCCGUCGUUCCCAACUACGCAGUUGUCCAGGAGGAGGACGACGCCGUUGAGUCCCCUCGUACUGCCCCUGGAUCCAUCAGCGGCGACUCAACCCAGGCCGACAAGCACUCAGACCAAGAGAAGGCCGCCAUCAACGCCGAGACCACACAACUCACCUACAAGGAGAUCCAGGAGCAGGGCGAGGCCAAGCUGCGCGCCAAGCUGCUCAAGAAGCGCGGGCCCCUCGGCUGGGCCAUGCGCACGCUGCGCGACAACCCGAUGGGCGCAGGCCAGAUCUACGAGACGCACAACAUCAAGAUGCUGUUCAAGCGCAUUCCCGCCAUGAUCACCGUCGGUCUGCUCUACGGUCUGCACUACGACAUCCACGCCGCGCAGUCCGGUCACGCCGGUACCCCCGAGGGUGCGCGCAUGGCCCGCGUCUACGCCAACGCCGAGAAGUAUCCCAACGAGGUCGAGCACACAUACUCGUUCGUGCAGGUCCUGACUGCCUGCACCGCCUCCUUCGCCCACGGUGCCAACGAUAUCGGUAACUCGGUCGGCCCCUGGGCUGUCAUCUACUCGGCCUGGUCAACGGGCGAGGCCGCUGCCGCCAAGGCCCCUGUCCCAAUCUGGCAGCUUGCUGUUCUGUCUGCCACCAUCUCUCUAGGUCUCAUUACCUACGGUUACAACAUCAUGAAGGUCAUGGGCAACAAGAUCACAUACCACUCCCCCAGCCGAGGCUGCUCGAUGGAGAUGGGCGCCGCCGUCACUGUGCUGGUCUUCUCGCAGUUCUCCCUCCCCGUUUCCACCUCCAUGUGCAUCACCGGCGCCACCGUCGGCGUCGGCUUGUGCAACGGCACGCUCAAGGCCGUCAACUUCCAGCGGGUGGGCCUGCUCGUCAUCGCGUGGAUCGCCACCAUCCCCAUCGCUGGCACGCUGGGUGGUAUCCUCAUGGGUCUCUUCCUCAACGCGCCUCACUUCGGCUCCUAG